AUUCUCUCAAAAAUCAUGGAUGAAGAUGCCCUCAAGAUUCCUGAAGAAAAGGAAGAAGUUCUUUCGUGUUUGGAGGAGAAAUUUCCAGAACUUUCCUCCCGAAAAGACAUUAUCACUUUCCUUCAGGAGGCACAGCUGCAUGCUGAUGAGCUGAGGAUUGAGGAAGCUUUGGUCAAGGAUCUCAAAGAGGUGUCAGAUGGAGAAAUAAAAGUAGCAGUUAGCACCAUAUAUAUCAAUUUAGAGGAUUAUCUGUUUCACAGAAAUAUCAAUGAAGACCUGAAAGCAUUUGUAGAUAAAUAUGGUUUUGAUGUCCUUGUCAUUUCGGCUAGCUACUUAUCAGAAGGACAAGAAAAAAAGCAAAUAGCAGUUUAUUCAGAAAACAUGGAGCUAGGAAAUCAGAUUUGCUGCGAAUUAGAAGAGUGUCAGAAUCCAUGCUUGGAACUGGAUCCUAUGGAAUAUGGAUGUGACCAACUUCUUAUUUACCAGCAAGAGAAUUAUGUAGCCAAUGGGGAUGAAAUUUUUUUGCUAAUGAAAGAUGUGAUCAGCAGAAGACAUCCUGAAAUGGCACCAAACAGUAGAACAUCUUCCACUGAAGCUGUGGCUGGAAGUGCUCCACUAUCUCAAGGAUCUUCUGGUAUUAUGGAACUAUAUGGUUCAGACAUUGAAGCACAAGCUAAUGUUGUGAACUUUAUAGAAAACCCUCAAGAUCAUAAUGGAUCAGUGCAAGCCCAUGCUGAUGUUAACAUAGAUCUUGUGAGUCCUGACAGUGGUCUUGCUACUAUUAGAAGCAGCAGAUCAUCUAAAGAAAGCUCAGUUUUUCUUAGUGAUGAUAGUCCGGUAGCAGAAGGGGGUGCUUCUCAUCACAGUUUUCUUUCUGGAUUUGACUCUUAUAGUCCCAUUCCUGAAGGAGCAGUUGCUGAAGAAGAAAAGCCUCCAUCUAGAAAUAGCAGUGACAAUUAUGAUCUUUUCAAUUUUGAUUUAGCACCUAUGCCAUCAGUUGAGACAUUGUCUUCACAUUUGGUGGACUGUUCUGUCGAUGAUUUCUCCCAUGACAGUGGUUCAUCAGAAGAGCAGUUGUCAACUAGUUCAAAAGCAGAUGAAAAGACAAAUCUAUCAGAAUGUGAUAUUGCAAGUUAUUCAAUAGAUUUUAGAAGAAGAAAUGAGUAUGAUUAUAUAGUAACAUUGAAUGAAUCUGGCCACCAAGAAGAAAAUCACAAAAGUUUCUCUGAUAAUAAAUCAAAUUUGGUUGACUUGGAAAAUGAAUUUUCCUCUUGUCCAGAAAUCUUGAAAAGUGGUGAGAGGAGAACUCCACCAACGCCAAUGAAUAGCCUUGUAGAAACAUCACCUUUAGAUAGUGGGCCACCUUUAUUUUAUCCACAAGAUAUAAUUGAAAGAAUUAAUGAAAUUGAUCAUGUUAAAAAUCCUCAUUCUCGCAUUAGAUACGGAAGCUGGUGGGAUGGUUUUGAAUUAGAUUCCAAAAAUGUUGAUGCAUGGAAUUCAACUGAGCCAGAAUCUGUAUUUCAGAGUCCUGAUUCAUGGAAAGAUUAUAAAGUAAAUCUGUUACUGAGACAGCAAGCUGAUAGAAGAGCAUCAGAUUCAGCAUGUAUACAAAAGCAACCAAAGCAUAUGGAAUUUUCAAGAACAGAUACUUGGAAAAAACCAUUUAGUCCUGCCCAAAAUACUUUGGAGUAUCAAAAGAAAGAUGAUGAACAGCAAAAAGAAGAAUUUGCUAAUGUGUGGAACUCCAGUCAACCAGCUUGUGGAGAGUGGAACAAUAGUGGACAUAUAAAGACAAACUUGCCUAAUGUUUGGGCAGAGUUUGAUCAUGAUAUCUCAAGACCCACAGAACAUCCAUGGAAUGUUCCUCAAGUGGAAUUUGAUCACUUUUCACAAAAUUUUGAUAAGUAUUCUAUGUCUAAAUCUUUGCUGGAAUUCUCUGUAGAUGAUUUAAGUGAAAAUCCAAAAAAUCAAAUUGAUUUCAAUUCUCAAAACAACAGGCAAGAUAGCUCAUUAGAAAAUCACAUGGCAUAUAACAAUGCAAAAUCUAAUUUUGGCAUUGUGCAGAAAGAUGUUAAAUUGAUUAUGGAAAACCAUAGUAAUACUAAGUCUGACAAUACUACUGUAUGGGAUCCCUGUGAUUCAAACAUCAGGAAAGAUAUGCUUGGAAACCUUGGCUCUUGGGAAGAUCCCUUCCUGUCAUACAAAGAUCCAGAGUUUGUUACCUCAAAUAUAGAUGAAGAUCUGAUUGUUUCUCCACCAGAUACAAAUUAUUCAACAUCUGAUUCAUAUGUGUCACCCACAGGUGUUGGAGAUGAAAAAGAAAGUGAAGACAAAUAUACUGAUAGAAAGUCAAUCUUUGACCAAAUAAGAAACUCAAAUUCAGAUGAAAUUGGAACAGAAACAUAUGAUUUAACAGAUAAUAAAUCAUUGCCAGAAACAUUUCCUGUAUGUUCAUCUGAUUACGGUGAAGCUUGGAAACUAACCCUUAAUAAUGAAAAACAAGUAGAAGCUGAACAUUCUGAGCUUAAUAUAAAAGAUGAUGUUGUAUAUGAUUCAGAACAAAAAGUUGCAGAGGUUUUUACAGGUGACUAUGAUGUUGAUGAUAGUAGUCUUUCUGAAAAUAGUGGAAUGAUGAUGAUCCCUGCACAAAAAGAUAAUAAUUCUCCUCUAAGUAGUAUUAUGUGCACAAUGGAAGAAAAUGGUGACAGGAAUAAUGAAAUCGUUUGUGAAGACAUAGGAUCUCCUUGUUUUGAACCAAAUGAUACAGAAAAUGACAUUUUAGUUAAUUAUCAACUUCGACAAAAAAAUCAAUCAGAUCAAGAAAAUAAACUUCUGAAUAAGCAAUUUGACCAAAAGUCUGAACAUCUUCGGCACAAUCAAGAAGUUGCACUGGAGGAUAACAGCUUAACUUACUCCUCAGCACUAGAAAUCAUUGAAAAUAAAACUAUUGUAGGGUCACUGCCUCUUAAUGAUAUUAGAAAUGAAACAAUGCAAAAUGACAUGCCAUUGUCACUUUUACUACCUCUUUCAUAUGUUAAUAGUUCAGAAGAAAGCAGAACAAUUUCUGAUUAUCCCAGUUCACCAGAAAAAACAAUAACUAGUGGAAGUCUGGAAGAAGUAGCAGCAAAGCCACUAGAAGUAAAUAUACCAUUUUCCAAUUGGACUCAUCUUAUCACAGAGGAAAAAAAUGAGGUAUCCCAAAACAGUAAUGCAAAACAUGUUGUUAUGUCUCCCAAAGAAGAUAAUGAUAAUUUGGAUCAUUUUAACAUGAUUGAAUAUCAAAAGUACCAUUCAGGGGGAGUGUCUACACUAGUUUCUAAACCUUUUGAUAAAGGUCUGUCUGAACACAAUAUUCCUGACAUGGAAAGUCCCUCUUCAAUUUCUCCCAGAGAAGAAUGUAAUCAAAGCAAGCCUUUUCCAAUGAUGGUUGAAAAUCAAAACAUGAUGAAUAGAUCAGAAAUGAAUGCUUCAGAGUCAGAACAAUCAAAUCUUCUUUUGAAUGGUGAAAAACAACCAUCAAUAGGAGCAGAGUCAACCCCUAACUUAAACACUGACACAUUUGAAUUAGAAAGUUGUGAAGAAAUUUCAGAAAUGCUCGAUAUUGAUGACACAAGUUCAAAUGACGAAAAUCAAGGAUUUCCACAGAAUCUAUAUACAGAACAUACUGAACCACUGAAUAUAACAGAUAAGCCACAACUAAACAAUUUAUUACCCUAUAAAGCUGAUUCUUCUGAAUUAAGUGAAACUCCUGAAAGUGUGGAGAGUGAGAAUGAGUUCACCCAUGAAAAAUGUAUCAAUAUUAUACUGCAUCAUGAAUUGUCCCAAAUCCUUGAUGCUUGGAAUACAUCAGUGAGUGAAGAAAACCAGUUUGAUGGAUUAAGCCCCAUGAAGAAUGAAAUAUCAGAAGGAUCGAGUAACUCCCCUGCAAAUACUUCUCUCAAAAUUACUGGUGAGGAAGAUAAUAGCAGCGGUGGUUCCAUUACCAAUGAUAUAUACUCAGGUCCAACAAGCCCAGAGAUAAGUGAUUCUUCAACUAAUAUACAUACCAGGGAGAAUUUUCAAGGAAGUAAUAAUCAGAGUGAAAGUAUAUGGGAUGUUACAAAUGAUAUCAAAAUAGAUGAAUCUGGAAAGGAAUUCCUUGGAAACAAAAGCCAAGAAGAUUCUGAAAUAAACACUGAUCACAAAGUUCCUAAAAAUUUAGUUCUUUGGAAUGCUCAUGUGGAUGAUGAUACAUCUUCAUUAUCAAGUCCUGGAACAGAUGAAAUUUCAGAAUGUUCAAAUAUACAUCAGGGUGGAAUAGAGUCAGAUUUAGACUCUGACAAAUUAGAGGAUGCUAUGAGAGAGAAGGAAUCUUUGCAUUCCAAUGAAACAAAUCCUAUAAUUGGUUCAAAAAAUUCAAAAAGUCAACCUGAGUUGAAGGAAAAUGUUCACAUGGAUGCAUUAAAUAAAACCUCUGAAGAUAUUAAUAUUAUAACAGAAGACUAUGCCCAUGAAACAUCUGAAUGUUUUAUAGAAAGGGAAAUAGAUCAGGAUGAUGUACAUAAUCACAUUGAAGAAACAUCUGCUGUAAAUAAUGAAGAAAUGUACAAACCAAAUAAUUUAGAUGUCUGGGAUAUUCUGUUGCAAGAUAAUGCAAAAAGCGCAUUAGAUGAAAAUAAAAAAUAUGUAGAAGAAUGUUUUGGAUUUCCAGAUGAUGCAUUCGAAUGGUGGAAUUUGGAAAAACAAAAUGAGAAUUCACUUGGAUUGAAUUUUAGAAAUGAUUUACAAAGAAGCUAUGCAGGAGUUAUCCCUGAUAAUACAUGGGCAGUAAAUCCAAAAAUAAAUGAAAAAGUUGAAGAACCAAACCUUACAGCUACUUCCACAUAUGAAAUAGAAUCUACACAGUGUAACAAUAUACAUGAAAAUAAACAUGAGGAACCUGUACUGACUCAUCAGUAUGAAGGAUCAGGUCAAACCUAUGCAAACAUUGGAGAAAAAGAUGGACUACCAUGGCCACAUAUUGAUGAAACCGAGAGAAGACAAGAACCAUCUCUUAAUACCGUUAAACAAACUGUUACAGAAGACUGGCAGACAAGCCCGUUAAAUGCAGUUGCUCGGAAAGAUCUAAAACUUGAUCCAAGCAUGAUAACUAGAAAUAGAUUUGUCCCCAGAGUAAUAAAUCAGUACAGUGAAAUGCAGCCAGAGACUAUUAACAAGUCUCCAUCUGAUCCUUCACUAUCUUUAACAAAACCCUUGAGCUCAACACCUACUGAAGAAAGAAUUAGCCAAGGAAAUCCAUUUGUUCCUGACAUAUUACAGAACAGCACCCCAGGAAACUGCCAGACAUUUAGUAUUGGUCCAGAUUUGUGGACUGAUGUAGACCAGCCCUUCAUUUUAAAAACAGGCAGAGAAAACCCAGAUAUAUUAAAUCACUUUGAUCAAGACAGCAGUUCACAGGCCUCAAGCAGCCCUGAUGUUUGCCAGUAUGAAACCAAGGAAACAUAUGCACAAACCUCUGCCUCAGCUGAGCAGGAGGAGUCUGGUGUGAUGUCCCCCAUCUUGUUAAAAGAUACUGAUUUUCAUUUUAAUCAGGAACUGGCAAUUGACAGAGUGGAAUUAUGUCCUGAAGAAAAUGACUCAUGUCUUUCAAAUAAGUUUGAGAAAAUCUGCCAAGGUACAUCUCCAAAUGGCCAACUAUCUGAAGUUGAAAAAGAAAAUAUUAAUCAGGAAUCUGUUUUGGCCACAAAUAAUUUUAUGUGUGAUGAUUUUCCUGGAAAUGAUAAACUUUCAGCCAUUGGCCAUGUAACAGAAUUAGGUGAACAGCUGAAAACAGUGCAUACUGCAGUUGAUGACACUGGAGAAGAGUAUAGUAUGAUUAAGGUACCAAUGACGAAUAACGAAUGUAUGGUGCUGAAUGAAACUAAUCCUUUAACAGUCAUUGAUGAAUCAGAGAAAAUAGAAAUUCAUCCAACACUUACAAAGAAACAAUCACCACAAGCCUCAUUAGAAGAAAAAGAAGAGGUCCUAUAUAAUACAGACAUACAAUAUUCUGCAGAUAGUCUACAACAUCUUCAAAAUACGCAGGAAAAUUAUAGCCCAGAGUUUAUAGAAUCACCCCAUAAACAAUUAACACUAGCAGGUGUUUCUCCUUUUGGUUUGGACACUCUUCAUGAAGACGGCAUGAACAUUUCAGAAUCUAACACUACUGUCAUAAAAGAUGAUGUUGCCGAAUAUUCUCAACAGGGUUGGGGAUCCCUAUUAUUAGAGUCCGAUGGGACUCCUGGAUCUUCAUGUACUUUGAAAGCAUUUGAGUUUGAAACAGAUUCAAGUAAUAUUGAAUCUCCAGUUGCUGGUAGUGAAAUUGACAUUUUGGAAUCUAAAGCUACCGGUUUAAAAAGUGAGGUUGCAGAAGACCAAGAAAAUCAAGGCUGGGAGUCAUUUUUAUUAGAAUCUGAUGAGAAAUCACAACCCUCAUGUAUUUUAAAAAAACCUAUGCACGAAAUAUAUUCAAAUAGUAUUGAUUCACCAACUAGUGAAGAUGAAAAUAAUCUUUUAGAAAAGAAAUCUGAUGAUGUAAAUAGCAAGGCUGGAGAAAGUUCUGAAAACUGGGAUUCUUUAGUGUUGGACUCUGAAAUAAUGCCUGAGUUAACAGAUCAUUUGAACAAAUGUGAAUACAAAGCAAAAUCAACUCAUAUUGAUUCACCAGCAGAUGGAGUCAUAAGCGUAGGCAACGGUGACAAUGAAGCUGUCUGUGAUGUGUUUAAUUUUGACAGUAAAGUGACCAAGUUCCCAGAAAGGACAAGAAAGGACAAUAAGGAAGAUAGACAAUUACAGGAAGCAGAAGAACAGUCUUCUUUAGAAAUGGACUAUGUUCUCAUUAGUGGUGAAGAACAUGUAUCUUUGACAAAGGACUUAUUGGUAACACAAGAAAGCAAUUUCCUUUCAGCAGUUGCUGAACAAAUGGAUUCUCUUGAAACAUUUUCAGCAGACUCCUCAGAUACAUUACAGUCAAUUUCCAUAAUAAAUGAAAGUGAAGCACAGUCUACUCUGGAGAAUGAAUGGGACUCUUUUUACUUAGAAGAGAAAUGCUCUCCUAUUGUGCCUCAAAAAUGGGAAGGUGAAAAGAAAUCACGUAGCAUCCUUGUACAAGACCAGGAGUGGACUAUAGUAGGCCAAAAUGGAGAGCAUGAGGUAUCAUCUGAAGAUAAUUGUAGUAAGCCUGUCACAAUAGAGUCACUAUGCAGACAAUCUAUUAAAGAAUUAGACAAUGUUUUAAGUCAGGAACUGAUCUCUGAGACUCAAAUUGAAAUCCCAUUAGAUAAAAGCUCUUACCAAGCCUGGGAACAACAGGACAAGAUUUCAUGUGAUACCAAAACAGAUGCUCCUUUUUUGCAAGUAGUUGCUACUGAUAUUGAAUUGGAUGAUCAUCCACAACUUCCUGGAGACAGCAUGGUUAAAGAACAAGAAAUAGAAGACGAGAUCCUUUCUUUGGACAAUGAAAGACAGCUCCAUCAAACAGUAGGAUUGGUACCAGAGGAUGUGGGAAUGGAUAUCCUUAAUAAGGCCAUGCUAGAUUCCACUUCAAUAGAGAUGAGACCUGAACCUCCUAAUUCGCUAGACCUUAAUGGAUCUCAUCCCAGAAGGAUAAAGCUCACUGCUCCAAAUAUCAAUCUCUCUUUGGACCAGAGUGAAGGAUCUGUCCUUUCUGAUGAGAACCUGGACACUCCAGAUGAAAUCGAUAUUAAUGUAGAUGAUCUUGACACACCAGAUGAAGCAGAUUCUUUAGAAUAUGCUGGACAUGAGCAACCACCCGUUAAAGAACCUUCUCAAGAAGAAUCUGAAUCCAUCCCAGAAUAUACUGCUGAAGAGGAACGGGAAGACAACAAGUUAUGGAGAACUGUUGUUAUUGGAGACCAGGAACAGAGGAUCGAUAUGAAAGCAAUUGAACCUUUUAAAAAGGUUAUUUCUCAUGGAGGAUACUAUGGUGAUGGCUUGAAUGCCAUCAUUGUAUUUGCUGCAUGUUUUCUACCAGAUAGCAGUCAAACGGAUUAUACGUAUGUCAUGGAAAACCUUUUCCUAUAUGUAAUAAGUACUUUGGAGCUCAUGGUUGCUGAAGACUAUAUGAUUGUUUACUUAAAUGGAGCAACUCCAAGGAGAAGAAUGCCGGGACUUGGAUGGAUGAAAAGAUGUUACCAGAUGAUUGACAGGCGAUUAAGGAAGAAUUUGAAAUCAUUCAUCAUAGUUCACCCUUCUUGGUUUAUAAGGACAAUUCUAGCUGUCACAAGGCCAUUUAUAAGUUCAAAAUUCAGUAAUAAGAUACAGUACGUCAACACUCUGGCAGACCUUAAUGAACUAAUUCCAAUGGAAUAUGUAAAUGUCCCAGAAAGUAUUGUCAAACUGGAUGAAGAGCUCAAGGAGGCAUCAGCAAAAGCAAGCUGUCUUUCAAAUGAGCCCGAAAUAACUUCAGUCCAACAGGAGUAA